ACACUCCAGUUCCAAUAUUCCGCGUCCUGGACUGACUUGCGCUCCGAGCUCUUCUUUCUCCUCUGCCUUCUCGGCCUCUCCCAGCUCAUCCCGUUCCCAGCACACUGCCCGCGCCCUGCCUCCUCUUCUCUCGAUUCCCUCCUUUAGCCAUCUUUACAGGCACAAAAUCAUCCCAGCCUUUUCCUGCCACUCCUCUCCUUCUCCACAUUCCGUGAGCGCGUUUUCCCCACUUGAAAUUCCGGCUCUCGAGACACAAGAUCCGCGAGGGGUGGUGGAUUCUUUACUUGCUCGUUCCAAAAAUCCCACUCUGCCCCGCUGCUCCACUUACCUUGUAAGGAGUAGCGGAGACACUUUACCCGAUUCGUUUCUUCAGGCGGCAUGGAACGGCGUGUGCUUCCAUCGUGCCCAAGAUUUCAGCAGCUUUAGGUGAGCUGCCUGGACUCCAUUGGGGGCGGAAUGGAGGUCUGGAGCAUCAGAGCGGCGCAGCUCUUGCUCUUCUUCUUCCUCUUGUCUGAGAGGCAUGGGUCUUGUGCCGCCCUCGGUGAAGAAGGGCGAGCCAUGGGUUUCAGAGAAGAGCACCCAAGUGGAUGGUUAUGGAAUUUGGGAGAAAAGAAGGUUUUCAGCGCAGCGGCGACGCCCUUAGUCAAGGGAAAAAAACUGUCAAUUGAAAUUCCUAACGAGUUGCAAGAGCGUAUCAUUAUUUCAGAGGUUCUAACUGAUGGAAGGCAAGAAUCGUGCAGAAAAUGUUUAACAAAAACCAUAGAGAGUAACACCCUGAGGCAACUCCUACAGGCAAGGGAGCUUCAAGAAUCAGCACCUUCCUCUAAGGCUCCUGAUCAGUUUCAUGAAAGCCAGGCUCCCAUGUCUUUGCCACCAUCGUAUUCGCAAGCUGAAACCAACGAGUCUUCUUCUGUGCCUCACUGGGCUAUCUACGCAGUGUGCAUCAGUGGAGUGCUUGGCCUUGUGGUUAUAGCCUCUGUUGUGUAUCUACUUGUCUCCCGUAGAAAGAAGGAUAACACCGUCAAUCCAUGGGCUACCGGGCUGAGUGGACAGCUAAGGAAAGCCUUUGUGACAGGUGUUCCUUCUUUAGGAAGGGCCGAACUUGAGGCGGCGUGUGAGAAUUUCAGCAAUGUGAUUGGUACUGUAUCUGACAGUGCAUUGUACAAGGGAACCCUGUCAAGUGGAGUUGAAAUAGCUGUUGCCUCCAGUCCAGUUAAGUCUGCCAAAGAAUGGUCGGAUCGGUCCGAGGAGCAAUUUAGGAACAAGAUCUCUGAGUUAUCCAAGGUGAACCACAAGAACUUCAUGAACCUACUUGGUUACUGCACAUGCGACGCUCCGUUCACCAGGAUGAUGGUGUUUGAGUACGCUCCAUGCGGUUCCCUCUUCGAGCAUCUGCACGUGAGGGAAGCAGAGCACCUGGACUGGCCUACCCGGCUGCGCAUCAUCAUGGGAGUGACAUACUGCCUGGAGCACAUGAACCAGCUAGACCCUCCUGUCACCCCAAGAACCCUAAACUCCUCAUCCAUCUACCUCACCGAGGACUACGCGGCCAAGUUCUCCGACACCGAGUUCUGGAAGGACGACGACGCGGACGCGUCGGCGCCGACGCGAUCCGCAGGCCAGGACAGCAUCGUCUACAAGUUCGGGAUACUGCUGCUCGAGGUGAUCUCCGGCCGGCUGCCCUUCUCCGAGGACCACGGCCUGCUCGUCCUCUGGGCCUCCAGCUACCUGGACGGCAAGCGGCCGAUCGGCUCGAUGGCCGACCCGGUGCUCAGGGCGUCGUCGCCUGUGCCCGAAGAGGACCUGGCGGCGCUGUGUGAUGUCGUGAGGCUGUGCAUCAACCGCGAGGCGGCGAAGAGGCCGUCCAUGGGCGAGGUCGCGAGGCUGAUGAAAGGCGCCGUCAGACUGUCGCCGGAGCAGACGACCCCGAGGAAUAACCCGCUGUGGUGGGCUGAGCUCGAGAUCAUGUCCACGGCAUCCACCUGAAAUGACAUACAGUAUAAAGGGAAGGAUAAUUAUACUGUACGUACUUACUAGAUUUUGCGUUUUAGUUUCUUCUUCGUUACUUUUUUGUAUGAUAUGGUACACUCCUUUUGGCCCCAAUUUGUUUUUGUCCUUGGAUCACUGUGAUCCUGCAUAUUUCUUAAAGUUGAAAGGAAUAGUAAUUAUUAUUGUUGACGUAUACGGAGUAUUUGUUAAAAUUGUGUUGAA